ACUCGGUACGAUUUGGACGUGCAAUUCGCGUGCUCUCUUGCGGCGUCCAACCGGAUUUGUUGAGGAGCAGUUCCUCUGGAGCAAAACUGUUGACCUACCAUCAUCCCGGACCCCGGGCAUCAGCCGUUUCCGGAUCCUGUCCCGCGUUCGCCCCCAAGAUGGCUGGCCACCCCUGGAAUAUUGUAGUAGAUUAUUGGAUUCGGUGCUGCUGCGAGGAGUAAUACAAGAGGAUUGACCUUACCUCCGGAUUUGUUGUUUUUCCCUCCUCGCUCUCUCUGGAAAAGUGGAAAAGCAGAAAGGGGUUGGUGUUUUUUGAGGGUGAAGAAGCUUUAGCAAAGCUAGCAGCAGCUGUUCGAGCGACCAAACAGUCUCGAUUAACUGCUGACUGGAAGUGUUGUGGGUGCAUCAUCUGGAUCCUAGCUUUAAGAAGGAAGCGAGCCCUUUUGUUGGUGUUUCUGGAGGGUGUGGGUGGAGAAGUGUUUGUCGGAGGAAGCUGCAAAAAGAUUCGGAUACAUACUUUGCGGCUGGCUGAUGCUGUUGAUGGAACCCGGCGAUGGGUCUAUCGGAUAUGGGUGGGUGUUUGUUGUCGAGGAUGUAAUUGAUUCAGCUGCACACGCCACUAGCAGAUGCUUCCACAUGAGUGAUUUCUUGUAUCGCCCAUCGCCCACGAAAUGGCAAACAAUGAACACGAUCCUAGAUCCGGACCGGAAGAAAAUGCGCCAAAAACACCCAACCUAAGCUGGGCGGCCCGGCGACCUAGCUAGUAGGAUUGGCAGCAAAACCCAAGAAACAUCGGAAUGGACGGACAGUUUUCCGGAUGGUUCAGCAAAAUGAUGCGCGGAAUAUAUCCGCCAAACAUUAUGCGGUAAAUCUGAAGCAUUACAAAAGGCUUAUUUCUUAAAAAUUUUUGGGAGUCUUGAAGGGAGACGAAAAAAGUGGCAGCCAUAUAAAUACCACCGCUGAAAAAAGCGCUACAAAAAGCAACUUCAGUCAUAUCAAUCCGUGUCCGCCUGAGAGCCGCCAAAAGUUUACAAUAAAAAAAUAAUAAUAAAUGUAUAAGACAAGGCGCGCCCAUAAAAAUAUCAGAUAACGCAACUGUUUGGGAUAUUAAAAGUCGGGAAAAAAGUGAAAGGAAAAAAAUCAACUUGGAGCUCUUUUUCCCGCCAGUUGUUAUAAAUUUGAAACGCCUCGACGUUUAGCGCGGCGUCGCGAUCCGUCGACCAGCCAAAAAGAUUUUCCACAUGAGCCGCGGAUCGAAGCGAGGCGCCGCCGUCAGCCGAAAAGUGCUGAUUUUCACGAUUCUCUUCGUCAAUGUCAUUGUCCUGCUCGAAUUUCAGCCAUUCCUGUCAUCUGUCGAAGCACGUGCCCUCUCCCAGCUGCCAAUGACUUCAAAAAUAACGACCACAACAAUAACAACACCAUCAUCAUCAUCAGCAACAACAUCAACAAAAAUCAUAAAAACCAAACAAUCCGGCACUACAUCAUCGUCUAAGAUGACCCCGGGGAAUCUGCCUAAAGAACGCGAAACGACGACGACCAGUGCCAAUUCUUCUUCUGGUUCUGGUGAUGGGCUGAGGUCGGAGGAUUAUUUCCCUAUUCUGGUUGUGAUACAAUCCGGCAACACCGGAAGUGAAACUGGUGCUGCGGCAAUCGAAGAAACGCUGAGGCAGGAGUUUCAUCAGUUUGUACAAUCGAUUCCGGGCCAUGAGCAAGAUGAAAGCUGCCGAAGGGUGCGAUUUGUGUCCUGGGAAGGAAUGGCCAGCUUCGAACGGUGGCUAUCCGAUCCGCUCAUUUCGACGGUGAUUCUCUACUCGACGACGACGACGGAAGCAGCUGGAGAUGCUGACGGAGAUGGGCAAGGACAACCCACCGCCAGGCUCGGAUCGUCAGGACCCAUCGGAUACUGUGACAGCUUAUCGACGCACCUGUCUUCGCUCUACGGCAAGACCGUACUCUUUUGGCCCUGUCCCCGGAUGAAGCAAACGGAAAAGUUUGUCCCAUCCUUCGAGACUGUUUCGAUGGCCGUCAGAAGUAUCUCCCAACAAUUUAAUUGGACCGAAGCGAUUCUGUACGCUGCAGAUACCAACUGGGCCCUUCCGCUGGCUUUGGCUUCCAAUCUGAACGUUCCCUAUCGGAUAGUGCUGACGAUUGAUGAUCUAAAGGAGGCACUCGGAGAACGAGACUCUUCAGGCAAAGCCGUAAUCAUCUGCUCCUCGUCGUCCAUCAGCUCUCCACAAACAAUUAACGCAAUCAAUCAACUGAAGAUGGCGCUCCUAGUAAAGCAGAAUGGCAAUCACACAGGGUACCAUAGGGCCACCAGGGCUCGGCUAAAAAUUCUGCUCCUGGAUCCGCUGGGGACACUGUUCCGGGAACGGAAUUCUGCCUCCGCCCAACGGUUUUAUCGGGCUUUGAGCUGGCCUGAAUCCUCCUCCUUCGAUGAGGCAUCAGUUGAGGUCAUCGAGAAUGGGCCCCUCAACUUGCUGCUGCUGACAGUUUUGACCGAAAGCUUUCGGGUUCUGUUGAAUCGAGCUGGCCGGGGCUACGAUUUUGAAUCUAGGACUGCUGCUCCAGGGCAGGUGAAAUCCGGUGAAAGGUUGUUGAAAAUACGAUUUGAUGCGAGAGGGACACUGAAUGAGAGCGAAGAGCAAAAGGAAACCGCCUGGUGGUCGAUGGAGGAACUGCAGCAGCCCUUGGACCCGGAACAGUCUACGUGGAAACGUGCUUUCGGAAGGCUAAUUAAUUCUACAAACCCCACUUUCGUUGGUUGCGAUUUUCAUUACAUUCUCAACGAGGCGUACAUUUACGAUGAGUUGUGGUCGUCGGCCGAGGAUCCGGAACGCUGUCGGGCUUUGCUAGACAGUUAUUGCAGCGCUGAAGAGCCGGCCGUUGACACAGGUCAGCUGUCACCGGAUGUGUCACUGGAUGCUGAUGAAGACCAUCUCAACGAAACGGAAGUAGUAGUGAGUAGUAGUGCGGAUGACGAAGAUCCCGAAGAACGGAAAUCGUUGGAAAUCCAACAACUGUGUGCUGCUUUAAGCGAUUAUCGUGAACAACAACUACUGGUGCUAUCGGAGAACCCAAACUCCACAACUAGUGAUAAUAACUCUUACCCAUUCAAUCCCUCCUCGGCCUCUAGUGAAAAUCUAUUAUUUAGUGAACAUUUUCUACUGUACGAGUAUAUACUAGCAAUAACUUCUACAACUGGCAACUACCGAAACCACACUCCGAGCCACCAUUUCAACUUUAUGCUUCUGGCAAUCAAGAACAUCUCGUCAACCCAAGCCUUGUGGCUUCCCUUUCUAAACAUCCACCAUCAACGGCAUCAAAGUACUCAUCCUCAUCCCGAAGCCCAACAGAAUAUCUGGGCCAUAUCCCCGAUUCAGCCGGAGUACCGAAAUUGGCUGGCCCUGGACCAUCAUCGGAGCAGCAUCAUCACGGCCAACAGCAUUUUGCAACAGCAGGAACCGGGGGACGGUGAUGAGCUCUCCCGGAAUCCACUGGAACCGUUCUGGAUCUGCGGGCUCGUUUGCUGGGCCAUCAUCGCCGUCGCAGCUUUCGUCAUCGUGUCAAUCAUCUGUGCGAGUGUCGUGUUCAGCAUUGCGGUUCGCAACUAUCUGAUAAAAACUCGUCUCUCGAAAGGACCAAACAAGAUCGUGCUCUCGCCGUCGGAUUUUGUAUUUCCGGUUGACAUGAGAAGGGUGGACGAAGGCAUCGAAGCCAUGCUGUGCUGUUGGCUGCAGCAGCUGCAGGAAUUCGGCGGCCCGGAAGUGGAAAAACCGGACCUACUGAAGGGCUCCAUCGGGUCCCUCAAGAACUUGGGUUUGCCGUCAUCGGCAGCAGCAGCAUCGGCAACAACGGCCGCUGCCCCCGCUCUUCCACCGCUGGCCGGCAGUAGCGGCACUACAGCAGUUCCAAUCGGCUCGAAAACGACGGCAGCAACCGGAUCCGGAAGCGAAACACUUGGAGCUGGGAGCAGCUACCACCACCACAAUCCCUCGGGGGCCAUCGGGGCUCUGGAACUGAAAGCUCGUUACAACGGUGAUUUAGUGCAGCUGAAAGAGAUCCCCUCCGGUUCCGGAUCUUCCCAUGAACUUCGAGCGAAAGCGAUGGAUCUUCUGAUUAUGGCGCACAGUUUACGGCACGAGAAUAUUAAUCCGCUAAUAGGUGCUAGGGCAAAUGACGGACGACUUCCGUCCGCUGUUAUACAUAUUUCGUAG